AUGGAUGUCCUUCAGAAAGAUAUGGAAUUGGGCUUGGUACACAUAAAGUUUGAUAGUGAAGUUAUGGGAAUGAUUGAUUGUCUACUAACGAAUAGAGUUGCUGAAAUGUAUCUAGUCCACCUAGAUGGUAUACCACCGAGAAGUCAGGUUGUUGAUGGUAAUCCACGCCAGGGGAAGACAGUAUUGACGUUAUCAUCAGAUUCAAGUGAUUAUGAACAUUUAAUGGAUGAGUAUGGCAUGUGUGAUGACAAUGAUGAAUUGUAUGAGAAUAACAUAGAUGUAGAAUGGGGUGGGGUUAGAAAUAAAACAGAAGGUCAGAAAAGGGUUGAGGUUAGAAACAUUACACAACGUCUGGAAAGGGUUGAAUGAACUUCUAAUGCGACUGAUGAUGAGCAUUAUGAGGAUAUUGACUCAAAAGUAUGGAUCCUCAGUUGAUUUGGAAAGUUUGGACAGUUCAUCUGAAGAUGAUACUGAGAAACUAAAAAAACAAAACUUCAAGCAUUUCACGCGUGAACCGGACAUGAGGAAUCCU